AAACUGUGUUGCCAGCUGGUUCUUUUUGCGUUAGGAUUCUCAUUGGGGAAUGAUGCUUGGGGGAAUUCUGCUCUUUCUUCUCUCUUUACCCACUUUUGUUCAUGGAGAUCUCUGUGAACCAGGUUCUCGCGGAGCACUUAAAGUUCGACUUAAUAUCAAAGCAGCUCUGGGCAACAAUGCAUACACAUGGAACUCAGAUGAAGAGUAUCUCUUUAAGGCCGUGAUGGCUUUUGUCAUGCGAAGCUACACAAAGAACGACACUUUUCAGAUUUCUAAUAUUGUGCUGUGCAAUUCGACAGAGAGAGUCUCAUUCUGGUUUGUCGUCACGUCUCCUUCCAAUGAAUCCCAUCCCGUUUCCUAUUCCGUUGUUGAGGCUGCAGUAAGAAAUGAAAGAAACCGGAUUAACAGCGCUUUCCUCUUGAAUGACAAAACUCUGGAGUUUGUUCAGAUUCCACCCACAUUGGCCCCUGCUUCUCAGUCUUCUAGUUCCUCCUGGCUUAUUGUAUUUGGGGUGGUGGUUUUUGUUGUCUCUGUUGCGAUUGCUUACCUUGUGGUAUCUGGAGUUAUACGGCACAGAAAAAGAUUAAAGUCUUCGGAAGAAGAAAGUCAAAAUUCUGAAGCUAGAAUGAAAUCUUUGGAUGCAAUAAAGAAUGGCGGCCUUCAUGAUAAAACCAUAUUAACAGACAGUUUGGUGAAUGACAGUUACGAUUAUACUGGAGACGCAUACACAGCGUUCUAGAGGAGCAAGGACAAAGGCUCUGACACAGCAAAUUUAUAUUCCUUGAAGUUCAUGUUACAAACUUGAAAUUGAGAUUCCUAUAGAACAAAAACAUAAAAGGACUGGAAAAUUGACGUAAUAGUUCCGUUGUAAUAACAUAGUGAAUAUGUUCCCCAAACUUGUGUUCAUACCAUCAUAAUUAAUAAUCCAGCCCAGUUAAUGCAGGCUGUGAAGAGAAAUGCACAUACUAAGCCUGCUGUCUCUGUCUUAGAAACUAGAGAUCUCACACCACUUUAAGAAGACAGAUGUCACAUGAAUUAAUUUAUUCAGAUUGUAUUUUAUUUCGCUAACGUGCACCAGGAUAACCCCAGCUAAUAAAGCAAGUACCCACUCAUGAAAAAA